GCCAUUCAUUUUCCAACACAAACACAAACAGCAGCAAGCAAGUGAACAACGAAGCGUGAUCUCAGCGACAGCGAUCACAACAACAAGGAUGGAUAAGAACAACAAGGGCGCACAGGAGACGUCGACGGAGGUGCUCGAUGAUGAGGUGGUCAGGGCCGUGUUUGACGGCAACGACGCAGUCCUCAGCAAACUCACAAAGAAGCAGCUCAACACAAAGGACAAGCACGGCAAUACGCCAUUGAUGCUGGCUGUCGUCCUCGAGAAAGAAGAUCUGGCCCUGCAGUUGCUGUCUCGCGGAGCAGACCUGCGAAAGACAAACACAUGCGGCUGGGACGUCCUGGCGGAGGCCGUCUGCCUCGGCUUUUCCAAACUGAUCAAAGCCAUCGUCAUGGCGGAUCAGAAGCAAACAAGUGAGGACAUGACCAAACACAAAGACAAGCUGCACGCCAUGUGCAGCGAGAUGAAGGACUUCUACCUCGAGAUUGAGUGGGAGUUCCACAGCUGGGUGCCGCUGGUCAGCAGGCUGCUGCCACAUGAUGUGCUUCGCAUCUGGAAGCGUGACCACGUCGUUCGUGUGGACAGUGAGCUCAUCGACAUUGCCGACGGUGGCAUGACCAAAGAGCAGCUCACCACGCUCAUCCAAAUCCCCACCUCCGCAGAUGACAAGCUUGUGAUGUUUCGGCUGGACCACGAGCACAAAGUGUACACGAAGCACCUCGCCCUCCCCACAGACCAGGAGCCGGGCACCGAGAAGGACGCGGACGAUGAGGCAGAUGCUGAUUUGAAGCACGCUGUUGCACUCAGCACCCCGCUUGUCGACAUCGAUAUCAUCGCCCGCAACAGCGCCGUGACGCACGCCAUGACAGGCAUCUUUGGAUUUGGUUCUCCCCGCGUCGAAGCCAUUGGCGAUUACCAGUGCGACGUGUACUCCCUCUCCAAUGUGCAGUUCAAGAGCCGCAAGCGCAAGGAGCACCUGUCCCCGCAGCUCAAAUCGUGGCACCAGGAGAUGAAGCGGGAGUUUCAGUCGGGCGAAUUUGAUCUGCAGGCUCUCAUGGAGAAGCGUCCGCCUCCAUUGGAGACGGCACGAAAACGCGAGCGGCGACGCAUUUCGCACAAGGAGUACUCCUCCAUGGACGAAGAGUCGUUUAAGGACUGGCUGUCCAGCCCCUACCAGGAGCAAACAAAGACCAAGAACUUCACCAGCACACUCUGGAUGUCGCCUGAGUUUCCGCUGACGAUUGAGCGAAUUGUUGCGCUGCUGUCACCGUUUGAAGAGCACAGUGACGUCAUCAAAACUCUUGUCAAGUUUCUGCAGAACAAACUCCCGCCCGGUUUCCCCGUCAAGCUUGACAUUCCUGUUGCACCGACGGUGAGUGCACGGAUCGUGUUCAAGGCGUUUUCGUUUGAUCCAAUUGCGGAAAGCGUCACAGCCAUCCCCAACGACUACAAAGAACUGCACCACGAGUGCCCGCGAAAGUGCGACAUCUGAAGGCGUGACAUAUGCAGGCAGCAAGGUUUGACACAACUCUCCAAGCCCCUCCCUCUCGAGCCAUCCGUGACCUACUCCCACGACGACCACCACCUGCACCCGCUGGCACUCGCUCUACAGGAGACAUGUGCUUAGUGGUAUGGCUGUUUGAGUGUGCUGUCACCAACACGUUAUCGCGUUUACAUUUAUCGUACCACAAGCUUUCGGUUGACUGUUUUCUCUCCGUUUUGUUACUUCU